GGUACCAAUUUCCUCGCAAUUUCUAUGGUGGAUUUAGUCUCCCUCCUACGCCCAAUUUCCAACAUCCACCCAUCAGCACUUCGCUAUGGUGGAUAACAUAAUAGUCCUUGUCGUCAUUAUUACUCCUCCACGUUAAAACCCGCAGCCGAGGACGACCGGGAAAUCAGAGCAUGCCCAUCAAUGGCGAUUCAAACUUACGAACCUGCGACCUUUCUCAUCUCCCUUUCCCUCCUCCUAGCUCUCUUCCCUACUGGGAUUUCCUCACAAGCAAACAACAAAAACUCCCAACUUCGGAAAGGCUCAUCUCUCUCGGUAGAAUCCGGAAAAAAUCCCAGAAUAUACCAAUUAUUAAAAAAAAUUACCAAAAUACAGUACUUAUAAAACUAAUUCCCAAAAUACAGCAGUUUCAACAUCACUGUCUUUGUCUAAGACAGUGAUGUUGAUCACCGUUUUGGUCUAAAACGAUGAUACAUCACCGCUUUAGACUAAAGCAGUGAUGUUAUCACCGCUUUAAACCAAAGCAGUGAUGCCAUCAUCGCUGUCAAGGACGACAGUGAUGGCAUCACCGUUGAUGUGGCAGGCAGUGAAGCCUUCACCGUUGGAUCCAACAGCGGUGAAGGGGCGCGGAUCGCUGACGUGGACGCGCGCGGGCACUUCACCGCUGAAGACCAAAGCGGUGAUAGCCCCGCUUUCCACGUCAGCGAUCCGCCCCCCACCCCGCGCCUUCACCGCUGCCGUCGGAUGCAGUUAUGCGCGGAUUGUGGUUUUUCUCCACAAUCCGACGCAUCAGGAGAGGCCACGUCAGCGAUCCCUGCACAUCACCGCGUCCAACAAAGGCGGUGAUGGCGCUGUGUUUGUUUGGGGCGGUGAUAACUGGCCAGGUUUUUUCCCAGCCCCAAACCCUAUAAAUUACCCAUCCCCCCUCUCAUUCCAAACCACACCACCACUUCAUACUUCUUUCUCCCUCCAUUUUUCACUCUAGUUUCGUUCUAAGUAUGCUCUGUGGUUGCGGCUAAGUCCGAUCUUCCGCAUCAGAAAGAAUUACUAGAGUUUUUGUUUUGUUGUUUUGUCGAUACUCUCGCUAGCUUUUCGGCAAAAAAUGGACGAAGAGGCUUUGAGAGUACGUAAAUUUAUUUAAUUCUUUUGUGCAUUUUUUUUUACAUGGGUGCUAAAAUUUAAAUUGAUUUGAUUUCAUAUUUUUUUAUAGAUGGGUGCUGAGAUAUACGACCCUAGAUUGUAUAUCGAUCCUGGCCCAAGGGAUCGAAGGUAUUUAACCGGGCAAGAUCAACAUCGCUCUCGUUCAAUUUGGAACAAUAAUCCGGUAGAUACACUACAAUUAUUUCAAUAGUUUUAAAGUUUUUAUUUUGCUUUCUAAGUUUUUAUUUUGCUUUCUAUUGACUGACAAUAUUGUGUUUUUUGUUUUGUAGGAAUCACUUAUUCCCAUCAGUCAUCGAGGUACAUGUCGAUUGCCCCGUUGGCAUCCUCGACUGCAUCCCUAUCUAGAGAGGGCGGGAUUGCACAAUUUGAGGCACUUUAUGAGGCUAGAUAUUGACAACGAUCUGCUGACGGCAAUGACAGAGCGAUGGCGCCCUGAGCUGCAUACCUUCCACUUUCCCGAGGGUGAAAUGACGAUCACCCUCAAAGAUGUUGCCAUCCUCACCGGGCUCCCGAUCACCGGAGAUGCCAUCAUCGACAGCUCGAGAAAACCAGAAGAUGGUUGGGGGCCAUUGAUUCAGGAACGUCUGGGGUUCAACAUGCCGACCACCACGCCCGUCGAAGGGGUUGGGCAUCCACCACUGAAUGCGGGGCAAGUAUCGAUCCCGUGGCUUGUUGACCACAUCCAAUUGGAGGUUAAUAUAGGCCUGGAUACUCCUGAAGAUCAGGUGGAGCGGUAUGCACGUGUAUACCUAAUUGCCUUGGUUGGUGGGUUUCUGUUCCCCGACAAGUCAAAUAAGUGGAUACAAGGCAUGUGGUUCCCUAUGCUCCUCGGUGACUGGGACGAGAUCGGGAGAAAAAGUUGGGGGUCGGCCGUCUUGGCUGGAAUCUACCGAGAGUUGUGUACUUGCUCGAGGUUGGGAGCGAAACAAGCUGGUGGUGCGAUGUUCAUACUUCAACUCUGGGCAUGGGAGCAUCUUCCGUUUCUCGCACCUCAAGACCCUCGGGAAUUCUGGUUGCCAGAUGAUGAGCUACGAUUUGUAGCAAAUCCCCCAUAUGGUUUCAAGUAAGUUCAAUUUAAGUUGAAUUUAUUUUAGAUAUGCAAUGGUAGCUAGUUAGGUGAAUUUAGAUUUUAGUGAACUUAGUGAACUUAGUAUGCAAUUUUAAGUAUGCAAUUAUAGUAUUUUAGUGAACUUAGCUAUCUUCCAACUAAGCGAAUUUAGAGACAUUUUAGGUCUGCAAUUCUAGUAUUUUAGUGAAUUUAGAUAUCUUCCAAGUAAGUGAAUUUGGAUUUAUUCUAACCAAAUCGUAUUUAGCUAAUUUAAAAAUUGCUUAUAUAUGUACUUUUGCUUAAUUAGGUGGAUCGGAGCAAAUACUAACGACCACCAGGCCGAGCACUCUUUACUGUUUUAUCGUGCUGAAUUUGAUAAGCCUUGGUGGAACCAGGUAAAAAUAUUGAAUGUCAUGAUUUUAAAUUUAUUAGGUGGAGUGGAUAUAAUUUUUACUAAUUACGUGAAUUGUAAUGAUUGUAGGCGGUAUGGGAUCCAUAUCCAAAUGAAGUGGUUGAGUUGCAUCGUCUUAGACAUCCCGAGGAUCAAGAGACAUGGUUGUGCAAGGUGCCCUUAAUCUGCUGGCACAUGGUGGAGUGGCACCUGCCCGAUCGAUCUUUGAGGCAAUAUCGAUUGGAGCAACCAAUUCCAGCAUCCCCACCUCAAGGGUUCAGGGAGCUCCACGCCAUUGACCUACGCUACAACAAAAAGGAUUGGACCCGCAAACAUGAAUUCUACAUCAACAUAUGGGAGAAUAGAAAUCAGUGGGUGGUCCAAGGGGCGCCGGAGACAAGGCCAAUGGGGUACCACGAUGGCUACAUGCGGUGGUAUCGGCACUUCACGCUAAGAUGGGUGUCAAAGCAAGGUGCUGUUUGGGGCGCAGUGGUAAGUGAAUUCCAUUUUGGCCUAUUUUAGUUAAUUUUUGUAGUAUAAUUACAUGCCUAUAUUUGCUAGAAUGUUAAUUAACAUUAUUAGAUUUAAUGUUAGUUAAUUUUUGUAGUAUAAUUACAUGCCUAUAUUUGCUAGAAUGUUAAUUAACAUUAUUAGAGUUAAUUUUAGUUAAUUUUUGUAGUAUGAUUACAUGCCUAUAUUAGAUGAUAGAAAUCAUUAUUAGAUUUACUAUUAGUUAAUUUUGUAAAACAAUUUAUUAGGUUGACGGUUUGGAGCAUGCGAAGCACACCGUCGAGAGUGCACCCACCAUGGAUGAGCGGAAGACAUCUUUUUUGCGCAGGCUUUUCAACAACUUGCUCUGUUGUACCAGAGAGCAAAGGAGGGAUGUCAUAUUAUACCCUCCAGUGCCUGCUCCGGCCCGACCUUCAUUCCGUGCUGAUGAGAGGAUUGUGCCCCCAGAAGAGCCCCCACGGAGGAGCAGAAGAAGGGUGAGAGAACACAUUGAUGAGCUUCGUCCGUCUCAGCAAACUCAACUUCCUCAACCAUGGCCACAUUGUGAGUGGGCUACUAGUACUGAGGGAACCGGAGGGUCGUCAAGCUAUGCCCCGACGAUGGAGCAUGACAUGUUCACCCAAGCCACCCCUCAGUUCCACCAUCAGCAACAAACUACUCAGUAUCAGACCCCGCAACAGCAACAUACAUCAUCGACUUUCUACCACACUUCUGGUCCAACUCAGCAACCUCCACCCCCACCACCUGUCUACACUCCGGUGGGUGGUCGGGUUAAGAGGAAUCCGCGCGCAGUUGUCCAGCGGGCUCGUGAAGAAGGAGGAGGAGGUAGAGAGGGCGGAAGAAGGGGCCGAGGAGGUCGUGGAGGAAGAGGAAGAGGAAGAGAAGGGGAAGUGGAGGGAAAUGAAGACAACCAGUGAAC